AUGGCUGCUGGUGACCCAGACCACUUCUUCUUUGUUCUUCGUGAUCUCCACCUUCUAAGGAGUUAUGAAAGAUCAGAAAGCCCCUUCCUCGACCGCAAUCUCAAGCAGCCCUCGCCCUCAUUCUACGGAGAGAACGAGUUUCGGUUCAACGAGCCCUUGCACGGCUUGAAGUGGCUGCAGGCAAUGGAUCACAGCAACAUCGCCGCAUUGAAAACCAUGUCGUUUUUCAUUGACCCCAUCUACGAGGACGCCCUCGCACCGGCCAAGAAGCGAUCAAGCGAGCUUUGGCAUGCCAUCCUAAAGAUUCUCGCAAGGCAUGCCCAGAGCUUGCAGUCGUUGGACAUCUACUGGGAUGCAGACAUUCCGGGCAGAUUUGGAGGGGGUGUUGACAAAGUCUUCGUACGGGCGCUGGGCAAGCUCCGCAGCCUGAAGGUCCUCAAGCUCGACGGGUACUAUGCUAAGGAGUGGCCGACAUACCUCCAGGAAAGCUUGGGUGCGGAUGCGCUGAUCGUGAGCCCUCGCGCUGGAGACAAAGGGUACAGGAAGGGCCUACGGGGCUAUCAGAGGCGACUGAAGCCCCUCGACCCCCGAACCUUGGACUAA